AUGGAGAGUUGUACCAUCAUCCAUCUCAGCCAUGAAUCUCGGAGCACGGUGCAGGGGCCAAGCUUUCAAGUGGAUCCCGAGAUCUUUACCCUUUUCAGCAGGGUCCACCUUUUACUAUCACGACCUUUUUUUAUUUUGAGCUUCAAAGACAUCAAAAAAGCAGAUCAAGACGAAGAAGAAGACGCAAACAGCCCAAGACAAGUAAGAUACAGCAGAGAAACCGACAGCUGCGGCAAUACGGCAGAGAUAGAUAUUAGAGGCGAGAUGAGACAGCGGGUCGAGAUCGACGUUCAGGCUGAGCUUCGACAGCCUGUCAAAAUUCACAACACAGCAGAAGGCGGUUAG